GACUGUCAGGAGAAGGCCUGGCUGUCCAGGGCGAUGGCCAGUGAGGGAAACUUUGGUCCCACCGGGACAAAAGAGAUGAAAAGGGAGCUGCCUGCUGCAGAAACACCAUUCCUCUCUGCUCCGGACGAGCUGGGCCAGCUGCCAGACAUGACUUCUCCUGGCCCUCCAGGACAGGGGGAAAGAGAACCCUGUGACACUGCCGGACGAGCGAUAAAGGAGGAGCGGGAUGUCCAACCUGGCAGUGAUGGACACGAGGCCAAACGAGUCCCUCCUGUUUCCACCAAGGGAGCGGGCAAAGCCAAUCAAUUCUCAUCCCUCUCCUUUCCGGAGAAGCUUUGGAAAAUAGUGGAAAGUGACCAGUUUCGGUCCAUUUGGUGGAGUGAGGGUGGAAAAUACGUGGCCAUCAAUGAAGAACUCUUCAAAGAGGAGGUGCUGGGCAGGGAAAGACCUCUGCGGGUUUUUGCCACACAGAAGAUGAAGAGCUUUCUUCGACAGCUGAACUUCUAUGGAUUCACCAAAGUGCGACGGGAUUUCCGAAGAUCUGCUUACCUGCCUGAAUUCCUGGCAGAAGAAGAUGCAGCUUCUGCUCACAGCCAGAUACUCUACUACUACAACCCCACCUUUAACAGAGAGCACCCCCACCUGCUGGAAAAGUGCAAGAGGGGAGUUGGCCUCAAACGGAGAGCCCCGCAUGCACCAGAGGUGGAUGAAGGGCACCCCUCCAGAAGCCCAGAUGGUCAGCCUGCAAGGGACACGCAGGCGUCUCCACCCAUGAUGAUCGCACCCACCAAGCGACGGGCUGAAGCACCUCCCGGCCUCAGCAGCGCCCAUCCAUCUCCACUGGCAGCUGCUCCCAGGCUUCCAGAGCCUGCCAGAGCAGCAGGCAUCGAGAGGUUCACCCCUCUGGCCCUCUUCUUUCUAACACCACCAGGCAGCCAAACCCCACAUGGCCUCCAGCACGCUGCUCCGUGUUUUGUGAUGCCCGUGCUGGCAGCAGCCUCAGCUCUGCCGAAGCCAAGGCCACCCCACGGCCAAAGCCCCAGAGUCCGCCACUGCCCCACCUGCACCUGCAGCCCCAGCCCUGCAGAUGCAGGCAACGCCGUUGGACCCUAGCACGGCACAUACUAGAGAGAACACAGAGAGUCAAUAGCCAGUUGAUAGUGUCUAAUAACUU